AUGAAGCGCAAGCCUCGUUCCAGUGCCGCACCUCCGCAUUCGUCUCGUCGCCGUCGUAGCGUCUCUCCUUCUCGCGAAGACAGUGAUAUGAGAAACGAGGAAACAAGAUUGUCUGUUCCGGCCCAGAAUGCCGCAGAUGGUCGUGGUAGAGCGGCCAUCUCGAGACAACGCGCUCUCUAUUUCGCUACGGGGGAAAAUGCCAGUUCAGGUGUCACACAAGACGAGGGGGAGAACGAGUCAUGGCCUGGAUAUUUUGCAACAGCGCAGCAGCUUAAUGACAAUCGUCAGGCGGCACAAGUAGCACGAAAGCAACGACAACAGGCUGGACAAGUUGAUGAUGAGACGUUAAAGGUUGUGUGGACUCCCAAACGCCCCCCGCGCUCGUCCGUUUUAACUGCCGACCACGUAAUACAAAAAUUACGAGAUCUUGCGCUCCAGUGUUUGGCGGAAAAUGUUGAGCAGCUGCCAACCCUCGAGUAUAUUGACGCUGCUGCACGACAUCAGGUGGCUCGAGCCGUAGUUUAUGUCCGUAGACUUCAGCCGAGGGUGCUGCCGCUGUUUAUCUUUCCUGGUGUCACGGAAAUUGAUAUCCCAGACUGCUCUAAUAUUGACGAGGAGACGUUGCUUCGUACGUUUACGCAGUGCGCGUCCCACGGACUGGCUCUUACAGUAUUGAGACUGGGACUUUGUGGACGUUGUGUCUCGGACAGUGUCAUUGAAGAACUUGGUGACGCGUUACGAACGGUGGAACAGCUGCAGAUGCAGGGUUGUUAUCGUCUUUCCGAUGCUGGAUGUAAAAUGCUGGUACGACGCUGUGCUCCGUCGCUUGAUUCGCUCGAGAUCUCAUGUAAUCAGCGAAUUACCAAAAUGUCGAUUGAUUACUUUAGCGAGCUAGAAAAUUUGCAGUCGUUGGUAUUGUCUGAGUGUCCACAGAUUGAUAAUGCGAGUUUAGAGUCGCUGAAGAGUAUGAAGAAGCUAAGGAAAUUGAAGCUGAAUCAGAUGGAACGACUGUCAGAUGAGUUUAUCGUUUCAUUGGCACAAAGCUUGCCAGGCCUGGAAGAAUUCUCGAUUGCGCGAUGUUCACAACUGACCAAUACCGCUGUAAAGGGGAUGCUAAAGUCUUGUCGCGAGUUGAAGGUGCUUGAUGUGUCAGACUUGCACCAAAUUACUGAUGAGUGCUUUGAACCCGUUCGAGAAUACGGUCACGCUCUCCGCCACGUGUCACUGCGCUGCUGCUUGAAACUGACCGACGUCGCAUUUCAGCAUAUUGUUUGUGGCGCCAAAGCAUAUCUAGAAACGCUUGAAAUGUCAAGUGUACCGCAAGCUACAGACGCAUCUAUGAUGGCUUUGCUGGAGCACUGUGCAACCAGUCUGGCGACGCUUGAUAUUUCAUUCUGCAGGAAUAUUACCGAGGAUGCGCUUGGUAUUUUAGCCGAUGGAACUGAGACUCUUCGCUCUCUGGUACUUUGGGGUUGCACACAGGUUACGACCCGCUUCCUUACGCGUCAUUCUCAAGACGAGUUGAUUGUUACCGGUCAUCCUUUGCUGACAGGGCUUUCAGUUCGAUACUAG